AUGGGAAAGCUAACCUAUUUCUUGGGUUUACAUAUUGAUUAUAAUGCAGAGAGUGAUAUAUUUGUAAGUCAGAAGAAAUAUGCUACAGAACUUCUACAUAAAGCAGGUAUGAGUUCCUGCAGACCCUGUUCAACUCCUAGUAAGCCACAUACUCAAGUAUUGCAGUCUGAGGGUACACUUCUAUCUGAUCCCUCAUUAUAUCGAAGUGUUGUUGGAGCUUUACAAUAUUUAACAUUUACCCGACCAGAUUUAUCCUAUGCUGUCAAUUCUGUUUGCCAAUACAUGACUGCUCCUACAGAAAUUCAUUGGUUACUUGUUAAAAGGAUACUCAGAUACAUUCAGGGCACUCUAGAUCAUGGAUUGAAGUUCUCUAGUGGUCCUUGGCAAUUACAUGCUUUUAGUGAUGCAGAUUGGGCAGGAGAUGUGAAUACCAGACGAUCUACUACGGGAUUUGUGGUUUUCUUAGGUCCUAAUCCUAUUUCAUGGCAAUCCAAGAAACAAACCUCUGUGGCUAGGAGUUCAACAGAAGCUGAGUAUCGAUCCUUGGCACAUACCUCCGCUGAUAUAGCUUGGAUAAGGCAAGUGUUGCAAGAUUUAAAAGUUCGUCUGCCUCAGCAACUUGUUUUGCAUUGUGACAACUUGUCAGCUAUUGCACUCAGUUCUAACCCUGUUUUUCAUUCACAUAUCAAGCAUUUAGAUACUGAUUUUCAUUUUGUCAGAGAGAGAGUUCAAAGAGGAGACCUGAUUGUUCAAUACAUACCAACUGAAGAACAAGUGGCUGAUGUAUUUACCAAAGGUCUUCAUAGUCCUAUUUUCCUCAAACACUGUAUUAAUCUUAGAUUGGGAAACCCAACUGGGUUUGAGGGGGAAUGA